AUGACGAGCGAGACAGCGGUUCAGGACGAUCUGGCCUCACGGGCUGAGACUUCCGACGACCUGCUGAAGAACGGCUUCGGCGGGAAGCCGGACCCGUGGCACAGCCGGCUGCGGGCCUUCUUCCGACGUCGCGGCAAGUGCUUCUUUGCAUUACUGGCCGCGCUCGUGUUCCUGCUAUGCUUCGUGAUCGUAGCCGUUAUUGGAAACGAUACUCUCUACAGCUCGCAGGAGCGUGCGGUCCGCAAGGCGCUGGUUCGCCUCAAAUUCGAAAACUACAACACCGUCGAGGGAGUCACCGACGAGGACCCUGCCUACAUUGUAUGUAGAGCGCUGGGCGCCUCCACUACCCUGUUGAACCCGGAGAAGGAUGCGGAGAUAUAUGUACAGUACAAUGAUUUUAACCGGCAGUACAACCGCAGCCAUGCGUCGGUCAUGGAGAAGGUCCGCCGCUUCGGCGUCUUCCACGCCAAUGUGCGCCGGAUCGACGCAUUCAACAGCAUGAAAGAUCGCACGUUUGAAAUGGGCGUAAACAAGUUCGCAGACAUGACUACGGACGAGUUUAUGGCGCUGCAGGGCGCCCGUGUAAGCACACCAAAGUUUGACCGCAGCGCCGUCGCCUUGGUGUUAGACGGGACAAUCGAAACCGUCGACAUCGACCUCCGUAGAGACGGGCGCAUGACGGCGGUAAAGGAUCAAGGCACGUGCGGCUCGUGCUGGGCUUUCGCCGCCCUGGCAGUGGUCGAGGCGUACUUCAAGGAACAGCGAUCGCUCAUCCUCGACCUCAGCGAGCAGCAGCUGGUGGACUGCGUGGAGGAGUGCCACGGUUGCAAUGGCGGCGAUUCGUAUCAAGCAUACCAGUAUAUCACGUCCCGAGGCGUCUACACCAGGGCGGCGUACCCCUACAACGCCCAGGAAGGCCAGUGCAUGAGCCCGCCGGGGGAGCCCCGCUAUAGGCUACAAGAGUUCAGGAUUGCCGAGUCCCCCGACCUCGUCCAUCUGUUGAAGAUGCACGGGCCGCUGACAGUUUACGCGGCGGUGACGCCGAUGUGGCAGUUCUACAAGUCUGGGAUCCUGAACUACUGCGGCGACACCGUGAACCACGCCGUGACACUUGCCGGCGCAGGUCAAAUCGACCAAGAGGCAUUCUGGCUCAUCAAAAACUCUUGGGGAACCAGUUGGGGCGAGGAAGGCUACGUGAGAGUGGCCCGUGGCAGCAGCUCACUCAAGGACGAGUGUGGAAUGUCGCACGUUGCCCUGUUCGCCGUUUCGUGA